AUGCUGUGGAGAACGACACGUACGCUGGAGAAGCAUCUGAAUAGACUCCAACCGGAGCCAAAUGUUUACGUGAUUGAAAAUAGAGAGAUGUUACUUGGCGUCAACUACAUGUUCAACGUCACCGCAGUUAACAAAGAUGGUACAGUCGAACAACCGAAGACCUUCAACAUAGACAAUACCCAAGGGGACAACAAACUUAUGAUCGAAGGCAGAAAUGAUAUGAUAUCAGUUAUCCUGGUUGGAGCUCAAAUGGCGUACGCUGAUAAUACUUUCAUUAUAAACGCCGAGGUCACUACUUGUUAUUAUACACAAGAUUAUUAUGUAAGCAUAAAUGUUCUAGUCUAG